GUCGCGGGCGAUGAAGGUUCCGCACUGAAAUGGACGCGGUGAGAUGCUACACUCUGGACUUUUUUCCUGAAAACAUUUUAAUUGAUAUUUUAUCUUAUUUAAAUGUGCGAGAACUCGUGCGCAACUCCAGAGUGUGCAGGCGCUGGAAGCAGCUGGUGAAGGACCAGAGACUGUGGAGAGCUGUCGAUCUGUCCACAUGGAAAAGAGUGACGUCUCGAGUGCUGUGGGCUCUGCUGCGUCAGUAUCUGGGUCACGGGCUGCGUCUCCUGCGUCUGCGCGGUCUGCUCCUGUCUGCGCGCGCCGGCGUGUUCCUCAGCGAGUCCUGGCUGCGCGCGCUGCGCUCCAAGUGUCCUCGUCUGCGCAGACUCUGCCUCAUACACACAGAUCUGCGGGGCUUACCCAGCGUCCGGCUGCUGCCGCUCUCACUGCAGGUGCUGGAGCUGCACUUCUGUGAGGUGCCGGCCGGCUUCUUCUGCGAGGGCGACGGCGUGGAGACGCUGGUUCUGGACAGCGUGCCGUCGUUCUCGGAUCAGCACCUGCGCAGUCUGAGCGCGUGGCGAGGCCUGACCCGGCUGGAGCUGCGCGACCUGAUCCGCGUGACCGUCGCGGGCCUGAAGAGCUGCGUGCCGCCCGGCCCACACACACUCGCGCGCCUCACACAGCUGGAGCUGCAGACGGGCAGCCGGACCCAGAUGGUGGCGCUGGGCCUGGGCGAGGGCUGGCCGGGCCUGGAGCGCCUCAGCCUGGGGGGGAAGGAGGUCGGGCCGGGGCUGCUGUCUCUCGCCCGUCUGCAGGACCUGCGCUCGCUGCGGCUGCGCACAUGCAGACUCACACAGAUGAUGGUGCUCAGGAGCUGCAGGUGUCUGACGCGGCUGCGCCUGCUGGAGUUCGUGGAGGUGGAGUUUGUGGAGGACGAGGUGAGAUCAGACGAGACCGACCGACCGCCGGCGAGCGACGCCGACCCCGCGCCGAGCCUCAGACGCGCGCUGCGCUCCAUGCUCCCCGCGUGCGUCACACACUUCACCCGCUGCACGCGCGCCGUCAACAAGGACUGAGGCGUUCACGAGGACAGACUGAAACACACACCCUCGGCACGAGCCUGACGUGCGGAGAACAAGAUUUAUACUGUAUAAUAAAGUGCAUCUGAAUACA